UCUUUAUGUUAUUUUGUCUUAUAUUUAACCGUUAGUUCAGAACUUACAAUUUUUCUAUAAUUAACUUACACGUAAUUGGACAAUACAGUUAGACUUUAAAAUCUAUAAGUAUAAACGUGUCGGAGCUAGUUCCAAGUGAGAUCAACACCGGAAAUAACACCUAAUAUACUUUAAACAGUGUGCCAUGUCUCUCAGCAAGAACGUCAAACACUGUCGGAGAUGCAUAUCGCUAACCAGACAAUUCACGGAAGGCACGGCGAGCCGAGAUGGAAGCGCAGCGAACAUAACAUCUCUGCCGAGUAAGAUCUCAGGACCAGAGGUUAACAUACUGCAAAAUACAAAGAUGUCGAUGCCGCACUACUGGAAGUUCCUAACACAGCUGAAAGACUAUUUAAAUAAAUCUGGCUACGAGAGAAAUUUUCAACUGGUUAUAAACAAGGAGUGGAUAAACUUCUUUCAAAGGAUAACUUACGCCCAGGUCAAAAGUGUUAGGAAAUUCACCAACGAUGAGAGCGGCAAGACGAAUGGGAACUCCUCGCUUCCCUCGGAGCAGAAUAAACGUGGUGAAAAUGUGACGCAAACUGUAACCACCAACCUGCCUGAGGUUGAUAAAAAAGAUGGCCCUCCUAGCAAUGCGAUUCGUCCACCUGUUAACAAAGUUCAAGAAAAAGAAGCGCGACAUUCAAAACAGGAAAAGGAACCUGCCAAGGAACAGGGAUACUCAUUACCUAAUGUAUUUACUGGUCUGAUGCCAAAGCUUAGUCCAAAAUCUGACGAAAACACUUCCAUCGUUAUUCCAAAGUGGAAAACUAACGUCGAUAACAUAUCGAAGAACAGUAUUGCCUCAAGAACCAGACACCUGUUGACCAGCAUCGCAGUUGCAGAGUCCAAUGCGUCGAGAUGGCGAAGAGUCGAGGAUCUCCUCGUACACAUUGAUCAAUAUCCCGAAGCCAGGCAUUACGCUAUAAAGGAAGGUGCGAUCAGAAUCCUGCUGGCUAUCCGGCAAACCUGCAAAGAUGAUCAGACCAAAGGAGCUGUUAAAGAAGCCUUGGCUGUGUUGGGCUACGUCGAUCCUUUGCCUGGCAGAGGCAUAAGGAUUCUCUCGAUUGACGGAGGUGGAGUGAGAGGCGUACUGGUUAUCGAAAUGUUGAAGAAGCUGGAAAAACUUACAGGGAAACGGGUUUAUGAAUUGUUUGACUACAUUUGCGGAGUCAGCACUGGCGCCAUUUUGUCUGUAGUAUUGGCCACCGUAAAGGAAUCUGGCGAAGGAGGAUACAAACGAAAGUCGUUGGACGAGGUCUCUGUGCUUUACAAGGAGCUGAGCACGAAAAUAUUCACUCAAAGUGCAUUGUGGGGUACGAGUAAUCUCGUUUGGAGUCAUGCUUAUUACGAUACUUCGCUGUGGGAAAAAAUGUUGCAAGACCAAAUGGGCGACAAAGAUUUGAUCAGAACUACCAGAGACAGUGUUACACCAAAGCUUUCCGUGAUUUCUACGGUCGUUAAUCACGAACGAGUAAUGGCUUAUGUCUUCAGAAACUACACGCUACCUUAUAGAUUUGAGAGUCAAUACAUGGGCUCCUACAGACACAAACUUUGGGAAGCUGUACGAGCGUCUGCAGCAGCUCCGAGCUACUUCGAAGAAUUCAAACUCGGCGAUUGCCUUCAUCAAGACGGAGGUAUUAUGGUGAACAAUCCUUGCGCCGUGGCUAUCCAUGAGGCGAAGCAGCUCUGGCCUAACAAUCCAAUUCAAUGCGUUGUCUCAUUUGGAACUGGUCGCAUACCUCACAGUUUGAUAGGCAGCGAUAGUGGACACACGAAACCCGUCGCUGGCAGUUCAAGCUGGAAAGAAAAGUUCUUUAAAAUUCUUGACAGUGCUACAGAUACCGAAGCUACGCACACAAUGUUGAAUGACCUUCUGCCAGAUCAUGUCUACUAUCGCUUCAAUCCAUAUCUGACCGAAAUGGUUACAAUGGUAGAAAUUAGGCCAGAGAAAUUCGCCCAGUUGGAAGAAGACGCCGAAAUGUAUAUCCGUAAAAAUGAGGAGAAAUUUGAGCAGGCGGCGAAAGCUCUGCUAGAAAAGAAAAGUAUAACGCAGAAAGCAGUGGAUUGGAUAACGCUUCAAAGACAAAUACUUGGUGUGUAAGAUAGAUUCUGUAACGUAACUUUAGCAUGAGCUAAAAAUCAGACCCGUGAAUUCCAAUUCUGACGCUACAUUUUUUUUCCCACUUGUUGCGCUAGUCAAUUUUUUCUUUACUAUCAGAGUGACUGAGAAUAAUUCGAUUCAUUGGAGUGAAAAAAUCAUUUACAUAUUUUCAAUUGAAAAUCUGGCAGAAUGCAUUUUAUAAAUAAUAAUAACGUAUAGGUACGGGAGAUAAAUAUUCACGAUCUGAUUUUUGAAAUGAAAUACAAACUAGAUAUUGAUUUUGAACUGUGAUAUGUUAGCUUUGUUUAUUUCUCAGUAAUUCCUGAUAAACGAAUAAACAUUGCGAUUACUGAGAUAACUAAAUUUAAAAGAUGAAACAUUUGAUGUUUAAUGAUGUAAUGUAUACAGUAUAACUACGCUCGUUACCUCACUUGCCCUGAAUGUUUUUAUAACAAUAUAGUACAUUACGCAUGUAUAUGCGUAACCCGGAAAAUAAACUUGUAUUUUAAGUGAAAAAAUCAUAAUAGAGAAUUAGGGGUUAACCAUACAAAGUAUUUGAUAAUCUGAUAUCACAUUACCUAUAAGCAUUUGUGUAGGUUGGAUUAAUUAUGUGUUACUGCCGGACCACUAUGUAUAUUUUGUACAUAAGUUAUUAUACAUCAUUUACAAGUAGAUUUUAUUU